AUGAUUGAAACGCAGUACAUUCUGAGUGUUAAAUGCCUUGAAGUAUCAAAAACGUGUUGUAACGUUGAUGUUUCCCAUCACCAACAGGAUAAAAUUGGCUUAGUUAUUCGAUCGAUCGACAGAUCCUGUGAUGGCAUCUGGAAAAUCCAAACCUGGAAUUUAAUUUGCGAUCCCGAUAAUGUGCACGCUUAUUACAACGAAAUAAAGCUCUUCAGAAAACUCUGGUGCAAGUUUACCCUUGGGUUUAGCCCUAAUCGUCCCCAAUCGUUAUUAGUUUUUAUCAAUCCUUACGGUGGCAAACGAAAAGCUGAAAUAAUUUACUAUUCCAACGUCCGACCUAUAUUUGAUUUGGCAGGCAUUCGCUCUAAAGUUAUUUGCAAAGUUGUAUGCGUAGGUGGAGAUGGUUUGUUCUCAGAACUCCUGCUGGGUCUACUUUAUCGAACUCGCAAAGAGGCCAAAUUGCCGCUCUACGAUAAUCACAAACCAUUCACCACUGAACUAUCUCCUCGCUUGAAAAUAGGGCUUAUUCCUGCCGGUUCAACUAACGCAGUAGUUCGGUCUUUGCAUGGAACAGAGGAUGUAGAAACUGCUGCAAUCCACAUUGCUUUGGGACUUGAUAUUGGAGUCGAUGUGCUUGGGGUUCAUGACGCCUCUACCGAGGGAUUCCUUCGUUACAUAGUCACUCUUCUAGGCUAUGGUUUCCAUGGUGACCUUCUCGAUCCCAGCGAGAGAAUGCGAUUUCUUGGUCCUACGCGUUAUGAUAUAGCUGGUGAGUUCCUUGAUGUAAUAAAUAUUCGAGUUCGGUUUAGAUUGCGCAUAACUGCUCUAUCUAUGUGUAUGGAUUACGAACCUCAUCAGCAGCGGAUAACAGUUUUUAUUGUGUACUAUCACAGGAAUGGAACGUGUCCAAUCUGCUUAAAGCAGGAAAUAGAAAGUGGAGAAGCUGGGACCAACGCACUAGACGUCAACCAAACACAUCAGCCUCCCGCUAAUUUAAUAGAACCACCGAGUCUCCAACCUUCACAUCGGUCUGAUCCCCCACAGAGCGAUUCCUGCAGUGAACCUGAAGUGAAUGGAGCACGCGACCUAGUGCGCAAUGCUGAGCACCCAGAUGAAUGGCAUACAGCCUCUGGCGAGUUUGUUGCCGUCAAUGCCUUCCUAAUCUCCUGUCGUUGCGCCAAGUCGCCCUUAGGACCAGCCCCAUCUGCUCAUCUGGGAGACGGUCACCUCGAUCUUAUCCUUGUACGUCGUUGCUCAAGGUGGCAGUUCCUCUCCUACUUAUCUCAACUUACCAACAAACGCAAAGAUAGGUCCACUCGUCACCUUAAAAUGCCCUUUGUGGAGGCGCAUAGAGUGAAGGCUUUUAGAUUACAGGCGUUGGAUGACCAUGGCGAUCCAAUUAAUAACGAGGAGAUUGGGGCUCAGAAAGUCUCUGUGUGGAGUGUAGAUGGAGAGGUUUUGAAGGUCCCGAAUGUCAUCUGUUGGUAA